AUGGAUCCUAAAUAUAAAGUAGGUUCCGUAAUUGAUGAACAGUCCAUCAUUCCGAACUACAAUGGAUACCCAGAUAACGAGAGUGGAGUUAAAUAUGAUAGCCCUUCAUCUGAUUUUAAUUUCAUGAAUGUUCCUUCUGAUCUUUCCGAUUCUGGUCUAAAUGAUUUGGUUCUAUCCUUUGUCUUUAGUCCUGGGGGAGAAUCCUUUGAGCUUUCGCUAGGCGGGAGUCUGGAGGGAGAUGCUCCUUCUUCCCCUAAUGAUAGUGAUUCCUCAGAUCCAGUACUCAAAUACAUUAGCCAGAUGCUUAUGGAAGAGAACAUGGAAGACAAACUCCACAUGUUUUAUGAUCCCCUUUCUCUAAAAGCCACAGAGAAGUCAUUUUAUGAUGUGCUUGGUGAGGAAUAUCUUUCCUCACUGGAGUCGUCCCAGCUUUAUAUUAGCCAUGAAAACCCUAAUAGCAAUCUUUCGGGAAGUGUUAGUGAUUGUGGUGGUAAUACUAGCACUAUCAGUGGUAUUGGCACCAGUGAUUUUGUUGAUCCUCAGUGGGUUGGUGAUGUUAAAGAAUCAAAUCCAGUUUCUUUGCAAACCUAUGACUACCAUUUGCGGUCCAAUUCAGAGCCCAGUCAUCAAGUUUUGGUGAAUCCAUCAAAUGGUCUGCUUGAUAUUGGCAAUGGGUUUAUGGACUCUUUUAUGCUGCAGUAUAAGAGAGGUCUAGAGGAAGCCAGUAAAUUCCUUCCUAAAGCUAGUCAACUAGUUAUUGAUAUAGGGAGUGAUGCACUUGCCAUGGGGCAAAAGAAAGAGGAUACACUGGUGGUAGUGACAGAGGAGAAAAUUGAGAGGUCGAGCUCGCCACCUAAUGGUUCGAGGGGCAGGAAAAAUCACCAACGAGAGGAUUCAGAUUUAGAACAAGGUAGGAGUAGCAAGCAGUCUGCAGUGUAUGUGGAAGAGAGUGAAUUAUCGGAGAUGUUUGAUAAGGUAUUGCUUUGGCCUGUGUUGAAAGAUAAACAAUGGUGCUGUGGCCCUGAAGUCAAGCAGGAUGGAGCAAGCCAGAUCCCAAAGCCAGACGAAAAAUCAAAUGGAUCAAAUGGUGGAAAGACUCGUGCUAAAAAGCAGGUUAAGAACAAGGAAACAGUGGAUUUGAGGAGUCUCCUGAUUCUCUGUGCACAAGCAAUCUCGACGAAUAACUUCAGAAAUGCUAAUGAGCUCCUGAAGCAGAUUAGGGAGCACUCUUCCCCUUUGGGUGAUGGGUCUCAGAGACUGGCUCACUACUUUGCCAAUGGUCUUGAGGCACGCAUGGCUGGCAGCGGGAGUGGAGUACAAAUCUUUUAUGCUUCUAUUGCUUCAAAGAGAAUGACUGCUGCUGAUAUGUUGAAAGCUUACAAAACUAAUCUUCAUGCCUGCCCAUUUAAGAAGUUAUCAAUUGUCUUUGCAAACAAAAUGAUUUUGCGUGCAGCUGAAAAUUCGACAACUCUUCAUAUUGUAGAUUUUGGUGUCCUGUAUGGUUUUCAGUGGCCACUUCUUAUCCAGCUUCUCUCAACGCGGUCUGGUGGGCCUCCCAAGCUACGCAUUACAGGAAUAGAGCUGCCCCAACAUGGUUUCCGGCCAGCAGAAAGAAUUGAGGAGACUGGACGUCGCUUGGCAAAGUAUUGCGAGCGCUUUAAUGUUCCAUUUGAGUACAACCCUAUUGCUGCUCAGAACUGGGAAAAUAUCCCAGUUGAGGACCUCAAGAUUAAUAGCAAUGAGGUGCUUGCUGUGAAUUGUCUAGGUCGGUUUAAGAACCUACUAGAUGAGACAGUUGAAGUGAACUGCCCAAGAGAUGCCGUUCUCAACUUAAUUCGGAAGAUAAAACCCAAUAUUUUUGUUCAUUGUAUCAUUAAUGGAUCCUACAAUUCUCCGUUCUUCGUCGCACGGUUCCGGGAGGCACUUUUUCACUUCUCCUCUCUGUUUGAUAUGUUUGAUUCUACCUUACCCCGGGAAGAUCAAGAGAGGUUGAAGUAUGAGAGCGAGUUUUAUGGGAGAGAGGCCAUGAAUGUUGUUGCGUGUGAGGGCACGGAAAGGGUCGAGAGGCCAGAAACUUACAAGCAGUGGCAGGUUCGGGCUACAAGGGCAGGGUUUAAGCAGCUUCCGUUGGACCAGGAGGUCAUAGCAAAGUGUAGGGAUAAGCUGAAGACAUGGUACCACACGGAUUUUGUAAUUGAUCAAGACAGCAACUGGAUGCUGCAGGGAUGGAAGGGUCGGAUUUUCUAUGCUUCCUCCUGUUGGGUGCCUGCAUAA